AUGGGCGUGCGAAGACCCGCAGCAGCGGCGAAGCGGCAGCGGCUUCGUCCGUCGCCGCCUCUCGCCGCCGCCGUCGGACGCCCGCAAGCACCGGAGCUGCUCGCACACCCGAGCCCGGCGCCGUGCUGCCGUCCCGCACAUCUCCGCCCCUCUUCCUCCUCUGGUUCAAACGAAGCGGAACCGAGGAGAAGUAGCUUGCCGUCGUUACUCCCACACCGCCUCAUGCCUCAAGCCGUCCUCGCCGGCACAUCACCCGCUCCGCCGCUCCGUCGUUCAUCUCUCGCCUCUCCCUCACCCAUUCCAGCCGCCGUCGGCACCUCUCGUCUUCCUCUCCGUUUGCUGCUCGGGAUCUCGGAUCGGGAAGACACCGGAGUUAGGGGCAGCAGUGGCGUUGCUGGACCGGAGCCGCCGCACCACCGCCCACCGCGCGACGCCGUGCACUCCGCCGCUGCUCCGCUCAGCUCGGUCUCCCUCUCGCCCAACUCGCUGUUCCAGGGCUGCUGUCCAACCCCUGUUCCGCCUCUGUUCAGCUCCAUUUUGGCCAGCAUAAGCCACGGUUCAGCCACCUCCGGCCACCGUGAAGACUCGCCUUGGUCUUGUUCAGCUCCUCCGCCCAUUCCCGAGCUCAACCAGCCCCGGAUCCGCUCUCCUUCGCCUCCAACCAGCAGCGAUCAGUGA